GUUUAUCCUAGGAAACUUUGGCUUGCACUUGUGGCUGUAUUUGCAGUUAAUAGUUCAAAUGUGAAUCUACUAUAACAUGCUGGGUUAUUAAACUACGAUGUGUAUUACCUAUAAGGUCCUCUGUCAGGACCCAAGUUAGGCUAUGACUGGUGCUAAGUAAGACUAAACCCACCUAGAAAGCCUACCCAUUUUUUUGCUCUAAAAUUACAGCAGUCUCCUCUUUAACGUGAGUACUCCAUAAUUUUCAAACUUGUCCACAUGUUAAAUAGGUCAUGUUUCAUGACAUUGAGCUUUAUAGUCUUUUCCUUGCAAGUUGCAACUAGUGCACUCAAAGGUACCACAAAGGAAAAGAAAUUGGAGCAAAGUGUCAAGCCAUUAACUAUGCUUUGGGGGGUGGGGUGGGUGUGGCACCACUAGAAAUUGUGCAAAGUGAACAAUAUUGUCUGUCACUGCUUGGUGUUAAUGAAGUGGACCGAUCUGCAGUUUUGACUAGGACAUUCCUACUCCAAGGAGGGGCAAUUAUCAGACUAGUUGUAAUUCUACAUAACCAAUUUUUAUGGUCUGUAACAUGCAAAGGGACAAUGUUGGAUUUGGCCAUUUGGGGCAUUAUAUACUGUGCCUCAUCAAAAUUUAAUGAUUCAACCCUGCAGACAAGCUGUGCUCGUGUGGAAACAAAUGACAACUUGAAAUAUUUUGCAUUUUGGUGCGUAACUAGCAUAAGCAUUUUUUGUAAUUAGCAGAUUUCUAAUUGGAACUAACUUUUCUUUGGUCUCCUCUUUUCCUUUAUACUAGAUAGGACCUUGGGCAUCAAACCCUUUGAAUGACAAUCUUGUGUGGUUUUUGAGAAUGUAAACUAAUAUGUGAAGCCACUGCAUGUAUCAAAAAUCAAAAUGAGGAAAAGAAGAAAGAAGCAUGCUUUUAAAUGUUUGUGACAUGGAUAUUAUGCUGAUUUUGGAUGUUUCCCAUAAUGAGCUGCAUUCUUAUUUGCACAGGUCAUAUCAAACCAUUCAGCUACAACUGGUCCUCUAUUUUAUAUGGAGUCAUGAGGACACUUUCCAAGGGAAAGAAGUCUGUCUUUUCAAGUUGAUAUCUGAUAGUAAGAGGGAAGGGGUUUUCUUCAUAAGUGGAGAUGUUCACUUUGGAGAAAUUGCUAGAUAUAAUUGUGCUGCUGGUUACCCCUUGUACGACAUAACAUCAAGUGGUCUUACCCAGGCAGUCGAAAAAGCAGUAUAUCCACCGCUGCGGUUUGUUGUGAGGUUUUUGGCAUGGUUAAUGCCAGCUAUAAUGAGAGUUAAAGACAGAAGCUGCAGAUAUAUUUCGUGCACUUAUGGUCAACCAAACUUUGGGACUAUUGAGAUCAAUUGGGAAUCAGAUCCGGUGGGUUUGAAGUUUGAAGUUAGAGAUGAAAAGGGGUUACCAGUUAUUGCAUCGAAUAUCUCAUUAUCAGAACUCCAAGGCCAAAAGUGGAUCCCCGAAACCUCUGGUUUAGGACAAUUUCAGAAAUAUUGCUCUCUUGAAGUUGACUUACCGUGGUCUUUCAGAUACCGGUUGGCAAUAUAUUUCUUUUCCACUUUAGCAGGUAAAAGGUUGGGGGAACCUAUUUUCUGUCCUUUGUGUGAAGAUGGUGUCAAGGAAAAAUGAAGGAAUAAUUGAAAGAGAAGAACGGAUCUUAUGGCUUUGUGCCGCAUCGG